UAAACGAUAGUAUUAACGUAUUCUUCUUCUUCUUCUUAUAUAUGUAAUGUAUAUGUAAUAACAUACAACUUGUAAAAAUAAUACACCUUAUUUUGGAUAUAUAGACAAAAAUUUAUACAAUAUGAUGUAUUGAUGUUAUUUUUAUUUGAAGAAUCAAUGAACAAAAUUCUUUACCACCAUACUUAUUUUACCAUCAAUGAUUUAACCUUGAUGGAUUUAAAUCAUUUAACUUAUAAAAUUAUAAAAUGUUAUAUAAAGCUUACAGUUCUAUUUACUAAGUGAAUUUGAUAUCAAUGUGAACGAACUUUUUGAUGAAUUCUUUAAACUACAACAGUCAAUCUUAUUUUCUAAUUUUGUUUUAAACGUUCAAUUUGAUUAAAUUAUAAUAACACCCCCCAACUCCCCACAUCUUCGCUAGAAAACAAAAGCCGUCAAUAAUUCUUAUAAAAGCGGCAUGUUUAACCAAACACACAGUGACUUCAUCAUACCGACAGGUGGCAGUGUUUAUUCAAGUAUGAAGGUGAAAGCAGCUCUUCUGUAGACUCAUGGACCAGGGUCUCCUUAGUUUGGACCAAGGUUCAGAUUCUUGACUAUAACCAGAGUGUGUGUACGUGUGUGUAUGUUUCGGUGCGUGUGUGCAUGCAGGACAAACACGUCUCCAGUCUUGACGUCUCUGCAGUCAGCUGAGUGUGUGCGUGUGUGUGCACGCGCUCUCUCCCCUACGACCUUCUGUCCUACACUGCGAUACUGAGUGACUUCCUCUUUUGUUCUUCAGUCACAUGAAGCAGCAGCUUCACGUUGAAUCCACUUUUGUUUAGACUGGAUCUGAUUUGGACCCAAUUCCACGUCACUCACUCCCACACCAAACCUCAUGGAGAAAAUCAAUGAUUUGAGCUCACACAGACACGGCAGUUGUUAGUUUAUGUGUCUAUGGUUGUACUGUUCCAGGGUCAGAUUCACCUCAGUGACAUCAACUGACCACAGGAGGCAGCAGUGGCCCAGCAGCUUCUGGUCAGAAACUCUACAGUUGAAAGUUUUUUUUCUUCUUCGUGAAGUCACGUACAUUUAGAAUCUCAAACUAAUGAUACUUUAAAAUCUAAAAUUAUUAAAAACCUGGAAUCUGUCUGCCCUUUGCUGCCUCCUGCUGGCACUGCUGAAAGAGCAGAAAGGGGAGGGCGUAGCUGAGGGGCCCCUCUCUUUGGUCAGAGUGAAGAGUCUCAGGAGUGUGGAUCAGAGUGCAGUGUAAACACAUGAUGGACUGCAGUGCUCUGCAGGUUCUGGCCCUUCUUCUGGACCUGCUGGCCUGGUUCUGUGCUCUCAGCACCGCCCUGCUGCCGUGCUGGCUCACCAUGUCCACGCCACUGCUUCCCAUGGAGAGCUACCAGCUGGGUCUGUGGCAGAGCUGCGUUGUCCAGGAUGUGGGUGGGACCGAGUGUCGGGCCUAUGACAGCCUGCUGGGUCUUUCUGAGAACCUGAAGUUGGCUCGGCUCCUCAUAUGCUCUUCCCUGGUCCUGGGAAUGUUGGGAAUCCUGUUAUGUGGCACUGGACUGGAGUUGGUCAACAGCUGUGAAGACAGGAUGAAGAGGACUCUGAGUGGGGUGGGUGGGGUUCUGGCCCUGCUGUCUGGACUCCUGUGUCUGCUCCCGGUGUCCUUCGUGGCCCACUUUGCGGUCAAACACUUCUUUGACGACACCGUUCCUGAGGUGGUUCCUCGAUGGGAGUUUGGAGACGCCCUCUACUGCGGCUGGGCGGCAGGUUUCCUCCAGAUUGUGUCUGGGCUGCUCUUCGUCUCCCACUGCUGGUGGUGGCAGACACAACUGCAACCUCAGCCUGAGGUGGCGCUGCAGAGCAGGAGGCAGGUAAUGAAUGUGAAGACUCGCUGUGAGUACGUUUGACUUCAAGACCCUGAUGUGGAUCUGGUCUUCAUCUCUAGAGGCUGUAGGUCCAAAAAGGAAAGUUGGGUCGACUGCCCCCCCCCAUCUCAUCUUUAUCGGCUGCCUAAGACCUGUCUAAGACUGACUGAACGACAGGAAGGUGACGUUUGUGAACAACGGAAUCUUUCAGAAAAAAAUUACAGAUUUUAAUCCAAAGAGAAAACAGAGCUGUUGGUCUACUGCUGCCCCCUGUGGUCAGUAUGGAUUACUGAAGUUAGGAGUGUGUGAUUACAGGUUUUCUUAUGACAUUAUUAGUUGGCUUUUGAGUCACAAUCUGGUUCCAGCAGCAUGGGGUGCUCUGUCGGUACUGAGUCCUAGUUCCUGCUGUAACUGUAAAGAAAUGUUGUCGUUUUUUUAACAUGACUAGAUUUAAGUUGAUUGUUAGACAGGAUCUAGAAUCUUUAAUCCCUGAUUUUCUCCUGAUUCUGUUGAAAAACACAUUUAUAUAGAAAUAAAACUAAACAUUUCACCAUCAACUGAAGUUUGGAUGAGAUUUUUCUCUGUGGCUUCAGGUGAAACCACCAGGAGUUCAGAAGAACUGCUGAGAUAAUCUGUCUUUAAUGACCACAGG